AUGCCCCAAUAUUUUGCAAUCCUAGGGAAGAGUGACAAUCCCGUUUAUGAAGCAGAAUUCACAACUCAGCAAGGCCAGCAAGGUCAACUACAAAAAGGCUUCCCACAGCAUCUAAAGGAAUUGAAUCCAUUCAUAAUGCACGCCUCCUUGGAUAUCAUUGAGGACCUACAGUGGAAACUCAAUUCUAAUGUGCAACAUGGUACUAAUAACAGCGGUUUUGGCAGCUUUUUACGAUCAAAAAAUGUGAAUGUGACAGACAAUUGCUAUUUAGGUAAAGUAGAUCAUUUUUAUGGAUUAGCAAUUACAGCAUACUUGACGUUUAGCGGUAUGAAAUUUGUAAUGAUUCAUGGGAACCUCGAUAAAAACAGUACGCAGGUUGAUGACAAUGCCGUAAAGUCAUUUUAUCAAGAGGUGCACGAGCUUUAUAUAAAAACGCUGAUGAACCCAUUUUACAAGAUAAAUGAUCCAAUAACUUCUGCUGCAUUUGAUACAAGAGUAAGGUCGCUCGCUAGAAAAUAUUUGAAUAAAUAA